CUGUUCUAUGGUCUUGCGCUCUGUCUUUGCCACGGUGAGCCUGUUUCCAAUUCGUUCAGCCGUCUCAACCGCCGGAUAGGAGCGUCUUGCUUACAGCGCUCCUGAUCACUGAAUCCCGCCAUAUAAUUGCCAGUAGAUCCUGAAGUUUACAAUACUGCCAUCGGGGUCGCCAACAAGUACAUCACUCCAGACACCGCCGCCGUGAUAACAUGGCCGAGAACGGAAACAGGCUGCCCUUGGCCAAGUCGGCAUCUUUCCUAGACGUGCGCAGCGUUGAGGAUGAGACUGCGCCUCCACCCAAGCGAUCAAAGCUGAGCACGGUCGUCAACCUGCUGGAGGCAAAGAAGGCUGUGCAGGAACACGAGAAUGAGGUGGCUGAGGUGGUGAUCGUGUGCGAGCCGGAGCAGGCCUCCCUCAUGAUGGGCGGCCUGCACCCGCGCGGCUCUCUGUACGAGCGCCCCGUCAACAUCGACACCGCCAAGCAGCAGCACGCGGAGUUCCGCAAGGUCCUCCGCGAGCACGGCGUGCGCGUGCUAACGGUGCGCGAGAUCCUGGCGCACCACGUGGACACCAACAUGAGCGCGCGGGUGGACCUGGAGGAGCUGGCCUUCCAGGCGCUCACAUACGUGAUGGCGCCGGGGUCGGAUGCCAUGUCGCUGGCCGAGUCGGACCGCCACUACCUGUCGGACGCAUACAAGCGCGAGGUGAUCAGCCACAUGAGCACCACGCAGCUGAUCGACACGGUGCUCAUCAACCCCACCGUCAGCCUGCAGCCCUCCUACCGCGACACCGGCUUCACCGCCUCCUACACCUUCGAGCCACUCUCCAACCUGGUGUACACGCGCGACCAGCAGGUCACCACAUGCAAGGGCAUCGUGAUGGGCCGUCUGCGCAGCGCCCAGCGGCAGCGGGAGGUGCAGGUGAUGCGCUUCUGCUUCAACAAGCUCGGCAUGGCUGUUGCGGGCGAGAUCCGGGAGCCCGGAUACCUGGAGGGCGGCGACUUCUUCCCCAUGGGCUCCGACCUGGCCAUGGCGGGCAUCGGGCUGCGCUCAAACCUGGCGGCCUGCCAGCAGCUGAUGGACGAGGACCUGCUGGGCACCCGCAGGUUCGCAGUGGUGCGGGACGACUUCGACCAGCACCAGGACCGCAUGCACCUGGACUGCGUGUUCAGCGUGCUGUCGGACCGCUGCUGCAUCAUGCUGGCGGACAUCAUGGGGGAGGCCUCGCCCACGCGCCGCCUGGUGGACGAGUACACGCGCGACCCCGUCAGCGGCAAGUACAAGCUGACACGCGAGGGUGUGGAGUUCUCCGCCUUCAUCACCGGCGAGGGCUACCACAUCAUCCCCAUCUCGCACGAGCACCAGCUGCAGUACGCCUGCAACGUGCUCAACCUGGGAGACUCGCGCAUCAUCAGCGUGCACGCGCCCAGCGCCCGCCAGAUCGUCAAGGACCCACGGUUCACCGGCGACGUGCAGGUGAUUGACUUCUCCUCCAUCACCUCCAUGUACGGGAGCGUGCACUGCGCCUCGCAGGUCGUCAAGCGUGUCCCACGGGUCGCCAAGUAGGUGAGCCUUGACGACGAAGAGCUGCGCUGUGAGGGAGAGGGAGAGGAAUUGAUGACGAGUCAAGGCGGCGACAAAAGCGGCUUUUGAAACUCCCGGCUUUUGGAGUGUCCUGGCUUUUCGUGUGGUGCAGCAGAGGGGUUUCAGGCUGUGCUCGAGCCUUGAUGACGUGUCGGCGCAAAUAAUGUGCGCGCGUUAUGUAUAGGUGGCGCCGACAGCUUCCUUUUUGGAGCGUUUUAAGGUGUGGAGGGGUUCGCGAGCCUAGUAUGAUGCCCGUGUGCCAUGCAUUCGUAUGUCCCUUUCACGGGGUGUCCAUUCUUGGGUUACGCUUUCUGGUUAUUAGGUGGCUGCUCGGCAGCAAUAAUGGGUUAGGGCUCUUUUCUCCUUUGAAAGUGCUGUUUGUUUCUAGCGGACGAAUGGGGGGUAGGCAUGGGAUCAGACGGGGAGCAAGGCCGCACAAGGCUUGGUGUCAGGUUACGAGGAUGGCUUGAUACAUCAGACGAGGAUGACUCUUACAGCCGUCUGAGCGGUGCACCUUGGCGAUGUCGACGUGCUUUCAAAUUGAAAGUUACGAACAGUAGCGGGGUUAUAAGGGAGUGUGUUUCUACGUUUACGUACGACAGUUGUUUGGGGCCUGCGGGGAGAUGGGUGUGUGUUUUUCGGACCCGGUACGGGCAAUCACAGGAACAUGUGCCCUUGAGAAUAGUGAGGCACUUGAACGAAGGAGAGGCAGUGGGCGUGGGCCGUCGUGUGCCAUUGGUGCCGGGGCAGGUAAUAGAUUUUUGCUGCGAAUGAGGGGGUCGUGCGAGUGGUGUUCUGAGAGACUUGCAUGCGGAGGGAGCCAGGACUUCGUGUCUGUGGUAGUCGCGUGCUUCAGGUACGUGUUGCGGUUUACGGCAGCUAGGCAGCCCCGUCCGUAAGGGCCACGCUGGGUUUGCAAAAGAAAGGUCUGCUCCAAGCGACAUAGAUGCACAAAAUUGAAGUCGCUGCCACUUACAUCCCCGUCGCAACUGGAGCACGGCUGAGGGAUUCAUGAUAAUAUAGCUCUCACGGGAGUUGCAUGCAACGCAUGCCGACGCGACAAGCACAUCCGCCCCUACCGCACACAUCAUUCAAGGUUACACAGUCUGACUGUAAGCCGGUUAAAGGUUG